AUGGCAGACAGCAGCGCACAUGUUGCUGGUGCACAACCACCAAAGGAGUUUGAUGUCAACGAGAAGAAUGCUUGGGACUCGAGUUCAGGCUCAUUGGACCAUGCUGUCGAACGAGGAACCACACAUCAGCUUUCUAGACAGCUCAAGUCUAGACACUUGCAGAUGAUUGCCAUUGGUGGUACCAUUGGUACUGGACUAUUCAUCGGAUCAGGAACCGCCCUUGCCAAUGCAGGUCCCGCCGGAGCUCUUAUUGCCUAUGCAUUCGUAGGCACUCUAGUCUACAGUGUAAUGGUGUCAUUGGGAGAGAUGUGCGCAUUCCUUCCUGUCACUGGAGCUUUCACUGCAUACGCCAGCCGUUUCGUUGACCCUUCGCUCGGUUUCUCCAUGGGAUGGAUCUACUGGUGGGCGUGGGCUUCAUGCUACGCUCUCGAACUCACCGCGAGUGGUAUCAUUAUCCAAUACUGGCGACCUGAUUUGAGUCAAGCCAUCUUCAUUGGCUGCUUCUGGAUCGUCAUCACGGCCGCCAACUUCAUGCCCGUCAAGUUUUACGGCGAGAUCGAGUUCUAUGCAGCGUUGAUCAAGGUCAUCACUGUCCUCGGUUUCAUGAUUUUCGCCAUCUGUAUCGACGCUGGAGCCGGUCAGCACGGAUAUCUCGGCUUCGAGACAUGGAGGCACCCUGGCGCUUUUGCACCAUACCUUGUUGAUGGUGGCAGGAGCACUGCUCUGGCCAAGUUCGUUGGCUUCUGGUCGGUCUUGAUUCAAGCUGGUUUCUCGUACUCUGGUACCGAGCUGGUUGCAGUAGCUGCAGGCGAGACAUACAACCCUCGCAAGACCAUUCCUUCGGCUAUCCGCAAGACCUUUUUCCGCAUCCUCUUCUUCUUCGUCUUCACGAUCUUCUUCAUCGGUCUCCUGGUGCCUUACGACAACGAACAACUGCGCGCUGGAGGCAGUGACGCCACUGCUUCGCCUCUGGUUAUUGCUGCUAAGCUUGCCGGUGUCAAGACUCUUCCGGGCAUAAUCAAUGCAGUCUUGCUCUGCACUGUGUUGAGCGCUGCCAACUCUAACGUCUACUCAGCGUCUAGAAUCCUGGUUGGACUCUCUGUUGAAGGGUUCGCCCCCAAGUUGUUCUUGAAGACCAAGGGACAGGUCCCUGUGUACGCUGUCGCAUUCACCUCCCUCUUUGGUCUUCUCGGCUUCAUGAACGUCUCAUCUGGAGGAAGUGUUGCUUUCAACUGGCUCAUCCAGAUCUCCGGUGUCGCAGGUUUCAUUGCUUGGGCAUGUAUCUUGGCUUCUCACCUGGCAUUCAUGAAGAUUCUGCAGAACCGUGGCAUCUCCAGAGAUACUCUGCCUUACAAGGCCAUACUUCAACCGUGGUUUACUUACUACGGACUCUUCUUCUGGGUGUUGAUCAUCUUCACCCAGGGAUUCACUGCAUUCAUCCCCUGGAACACCUCAAACUUUUUCAUCGCAUACAUUAGUUUGAUCCUGUUCGUUGUGCUGUACAUUGGCCACAAGGCGAUUGUCAGACCGAGAUUCGUCAAACCUUCGGAAGCCGACAUUGACUCUGGCAGAAAGGAGAUUGAUGAGCAGGUGUUUGAGGAGCCGGUGCCGACGACUUUCUUUGGCAAGUUCUGGCACUGGUUCUCAUGA